AUGUCGUUCUUUAAGUGGCCAUCCAAGAUGAUUGGACCCCCUGACACUAGACGAAGGGAUAAACGGUGUGAAUAUCACAAGGAUCAUGGCCACGAGACUGGUAGUUGUUAUGCAUUGAAGGACCAUCUGGAGGAGUUAAUGCAAGACAGCCGAAUGGCACAGUAUGUCCGAAAGGGUAAUCCACCAAACACGGUAGCUCUACGCCCGGAUUCACCUCUAUUUGGUGUGAUUGACAUGAUAUAUAGCCUACCGCCGCCAACUCAAGUACAUACGAUCCAGCUACAACCCAGCCCAUCCAACCCAUUCACACCAGCCAAAUGGCCUCAUAAGACCGGCAAAAUUAGCUUCAACGACGUUGAUCUUGAAGGGGUAACGCUCCCCCACGACGAUGCCUUUGUCGUCGAGUUGCGCAUAAAUAGAUUCAUCAUCGAACACGUUCUGAUCGAUCAGGGGAGCACCAUAGAGAUAAUGUAUCACAAGACAUUUAUUAAACUUGACUUCACCGAUUUGUACUUGCUACCGACCGAAUAUCCCCUGUUCGGCUUCAAUACCAACCCCGAGUACCCUUUGGGCAAGAUCAUGCUAUUAGUACGUACAGCAAAUAAGCCGAAGGAAUUGGAAAUGAACUCAAUUGAAGUUCCGGAUCGAGAAAGCCUACAGGAUGUUGGAAAAACUCCCAGUGAUAAGGCAACCAAAGACCUCAAUCGGAUCAAAAUCAAAGGGGAACUUGACAAGUUCUUCAUGAUCGACACUUCCCUAAAUGUAGCUGAAUAA